AUGGCUAUCUUCGGGCUUUGGAUUAUAAACAAAGCAGGUGGCCUUGUAUACCAGCGUAACUUCGCAGAGGGCUUGGCUCCGUUGACAUCAAACGAGUACCUGGUGCUGGCAGGUACAUUACACGGUAUACACGCUAUCACAAGUCGCAUCUCUCCCGCGGCAGGCUCUAGCUCUGGCGCUCAAGUCAUCGAAGGGGAGACGUUUAAAAUGACCAUCAUGCUCACGGCUACAGGAACAAAGUUUGUUCUGCUGACCUCUCUUGCUGAAACCACUGCGGAUGUGAUCCUUCAGAAGGUCUAUGAGGCGUAUAGCGACGCAGUUAUGAAGAACCCUUUCCAUACACCCGAGAUGCCUAUUCGUAGCGAAGGAUUUGAGACGCGCGUUACAACUGUCAUCGGAAUAGGCCAAAGCUGAAAGGCGUUGUCACAUCUGACGGAAAUGCUGUAUACUGCUCUUUGCUUGUAUAAUCUGCCUUUCUGGCUUAUUUUGGAUGCUGUAACUUUCUCCUGGCUUGCAAUCACGAGAUAAUGCGACUUUGUCUCGG